AUGAAAAGUAUUGCUACUGUUCCUACUGCCGAAGUGCUCAUAGACACGUGCCUUUCUAGAACCAACAGAAGAACCCCCACCGAAAUACACAAGCACUACCAGAUUGGAAGAAUAAGAGAAUUCUACACAAAGAAGGUAAAGUUCACCUCUUCUAUGUACGUAGGAAAGCUCAAUGACAUACUCAACACAUUCCCAAAAGUUGAUGAAGCCCACCCCUUUACGUCUGAUCUCAUAAACGUGCUCUACGACAGAGACCACUACAAAAUGGCGCUGGGCCACAUUAAAACCGUUGCCUCUGCCAUUACAAGAACAGAGAAAGAGUACACCAAGCUGAUUAAGUACGGAGACUCUCUGUACCGGUGCAAACAGCUUAAAAGAGCAGCUCUUGGAAAGAUGUCCACAAUGGCCAAGAAACUCGCAAAGACGCUUGUGUACCUCGAGGAGGUGAGACAGAGUCUGAUGCGAAUGCCCGACAUAGACCCAUCCACGCGUACGCUUUUGAUAUGCGGAUACCCCAAUGUCGGAAAGAGCAGCUUCAUGAACACAGUGAGCAGGGCUAAGGUCGAUGUGCAGCCGUAUGCAUUUACCACCAGGAAUCUGUACGUGGGACACUUUGACUACAAAUACUUGAGGUGGCAGAUAAUAGACACUCCCGGAGUGCUAGACCACCCCAUAGAAGACAUGAACACAAUUGAAAUGCAGAGUGUCACUGCGCUGGCCCAUUUGCGAGCAGCUGUGCUGUACUUCAUAGACAUAAGCGAAACCUGCGGAUACUCCAUCCAGGCCCAGAUCGGGCUUUUUAAGAGCUUAUCCCCGCUCUUUGAAGGAAAGCCUGUUAUUUUCAUCCUGAGCAAGUCAGACAUCAAGAAGUUCGACCAGCUCGAUGCAGAUCUGCAGAGAGAUGUGAAGGAUCUGAUAGGAAGCAACCCGGUGGUGGAGAUAUCAUCGCUAGAAGAGAACAACGUAGACCUGGCGAAGAACACAGCGUGCGAGUAUCUGCUGGAGCACAGAGUUGAGCUGAAGAUGCAGGAAAAAAGGCUGGAGGAGUUCAGAAUAUUCCUGGACAUCAAAAAGCCGCGCAUAGACCCAGACUACAAGAGAGUUGCACAGACAGAGGAGUUUGGAAAGAGAGAGGAGACGCAGAACGACCUGAGAAAGAAAGCAGAAGAAAGAGGAGAGAAGUUCUUUUCAGACCUGAACGCACAGUACUUCAUAAAGAACGAGUGGAAAUACGAUACAAUACCCGAGAUAUACAACGGAAAGAACAUAGCUGAUUAUAUUGAUGUAGAUAUAGAAGCUAAGCUGCAGAAGCUGGAAGAGGAGGAAGACUACUACAUGCAGGAGGUGUACAACAGAGAGUACGCCCUGCUGGACAAGACAGAGAGGGACAAAAAACAGAGAAUUGUGCACUCCAAAAUACUCAAGAGACUCAAGGGUCUUGACAAACAGAGAGAGAGCCUGCCUGAGCGCAUGAAGACAACAGCGCUCUGCAAGAAGAUAGAGGCCAAGGAGAGAGAAAGCAGCACGCCAGCCGCCAUGGAGAUAGACCACCCAAUGGCCAGCAGACUGAAGCCCAAGGAAGCCCGCGUGGUUGUGCUGACACUAGACCAGCAGAGACUCCUCAAGCGUAAAGAUAAGUACCUUAAAGAGAAGAAGCUGGAAGGCACAAAGGGCGAGAGCGAUAGAAUGCAUCUUACAGAUAGGCCAAAGCACUUGUUCAGUGGUAAGAGAACUAACGGUAAGUCACAGAGAAGAUAA